GCAGCGAACGAGGUCGUCGGCCAUUUUGUGCCUGUUUCCUGCGGGACGCGGUGGUGGCGGUUGGGUCGGAAAAGUGAGCGAUUUUGGCCUCGUUUUCCUGUUUAUUUUCUCCUCCCUUUUUACUUUGUCAAUAGAGCGCAGUUAUGGGUCGCAAGAAGAAGAAGCAGCUGAAGCCGUGGUGCUGGUAUUGUAAUAGAGAUUUUGAUGAUGAGAAGAUCCUUAUACAGCACCAAAAAGCAAAACAUUUUAAAUGCCACAUAUGUCAUAAGAAAUUAUACACAGGACCUGGCUUGGCUAUACAUUGCAUGCAGGUGCAUAAAGAGACAAUAGAUGCUGUACCAAAUGCAAUACCUGGGAGAACAGAUAUAGAGUUGGAAAUAUAUGGUAUGGAAGGUAUUCCAGAGAAAGACAUGGAUGAAAGAAGACGACUUCUUGAACAGAAAACACAGGAAAGUCAAAAAAAGAAGCAACAAGAUGAUUCUGACGAAUAUGAUGAUGAUGACUCUGCAGCUUCAACUUCAUUUCAACCACAGCCUGUACAACCCCAACAAGGUUAUAUCCCCCCAAUGGCACAGCCAGGACUACCGCCAGUUCCGGGAGCACCAGGAAUGCCUCCAGGCAUACCUCCAUUAAUGCCAGGUGUUCCUCCUCUGAUGCCAGGGAUGCCACCAGUUAUGCCAGGCAUGCCACCUGGAUUGCAUCAUCAGAGAAAAUACACCCAGUCAUUUUGCGGUGAAAACAUAAUGAUGCCAAUGGGUGGAAUGAUGCCACCUGGACCAGGAAUACCACCUCUGAUGCCUGGAAUGCCACCAGGUAUGCCCCCUCCUGUUCCACGUCCUGGAAUUCCUCCAAUGACUCAAGCACAGGCUGUUUCAGCACCAGGUAUUCUGAAUAGACCACCUGCGCCAACGGCAACAGUUCCUGCUCCACAGCCUCCAGUUACUAAGCCUCUUUUCCCCAGUGCGGGGCAGAUGGGGACACCUGUAACAAGCUCAAGUACAGCUUCAUCCAAUUCAGAAAGUCUGUCUGCAUCUUCUAAAGCUCUGUUUCCUAGCACAGCACAAGCUCAGGCAGCUGUCCAAGGACCUGUUGGUACAGAUUUCAAGCCCUUAAAUAGUACUCCUGCAACGACUACAGAACCCCCGAAGCCUACAUUUCCUGCUUAUACACAGUCUACAGCUUCAACCACUAGUACAACAAAUAGCACUGCAGCUAAACCAGCAGCUUCAAUAACAAGUAAGCCUGCUACUCUUACAACAACCAGUGCAACCAGUAAGUUGAUCCAUCCCGAUGAGGAUAUAUCGCUGGAAGAGAGAAGGGCACAGUUACCUAAAUAUCAACGUAACCUUCCUCGUCCAGGACAGGCUCCCAUUGGUAAUCCACCAGUUGGACCAAUUGGGGGUAUGAUGCCACCACAGCCAGGCAUCCCACAGCAACAAGGAAUGAGACCCCCAAUGCCGCCUCAUGGUCAGUAUGGUGGUCAUCAUCAAGGCAUGCCAGGUUACCUUCCUGGCGCUAUGCCUCCAUAUGGGCAGGGACCGCCAAUGGUGCCCCCUUACCAAGGUGGGCCUCCUCGACCUCCAAUGGGAAUGAGACCUCCUGUAAUGUCGCAAGGCGGCCGUUACUGAUCUCACUUCAUCCAGUCUAAUAGCCCUGCCAUAGGACAGGCUGAGGCUGAGUCUCAGUGUUGCCCUGUUCAGUCUGAGGCAAGUGGGAUUUAUUUUAUUCCUUAUAGGGGCUUUCACAGCUUGAUGGCUGUUGGAUAUUUAUGUCCCCAAACUUGCAGCAAGUUUGGUGAAGGCCCCUACAUUUAAUUAAACGUAGGAUUUUUAUACUCUUUUGGCAGAGAAGGCUCUAUAUUAAUAUUCAUGUUUGACUGUGGUGUUACUAAACAAGAAGUAUUUAAUAUGUAACUUUGUGUCGUAUUAAUAUUUAACAGCCUUGGUAAAGCUGGUAUUGCUAUAUUGUAGUUUUAGUAUAUUGACAAAAUUUGGCGUUUUUGAUUUGGAGGCAUGAAAUGUUUCAGUUAAAUUUGCCACUUUUUACUUUUAGGAAAGUCUUACUGGUUAUCUGCUCUUCAAAGUAUUAAAUUUAACCUCAAGUAUAAGUUUAAUUAUUGGAAAUGCUCCUAGACACUGAAAUAUGCAUACUUAAUUCCAAAGUUAUACAUUGAACGUAAUAGCAGGUUGAAAGGUUACCUGGUUAUGCUGCUGACUUAAUAUUUUUCAAACCUCACCACAUUAGAGCAAAUGUUAAUGUAGAGCCCUGUGUGUGGUAUGUAUGCAUAUACACUACACAUUGGAGAUAAUGAAAGAGUUUGGGUAUUACAGACCUGUCAGUAUGGAUAGGUUACUGAUACUCAGGUAGCCAAACGAAAAUUGUAUUAAGUGCUAAAGUUUGUAUAUUGAACUGUGGUUUUGAAACGAUUAUUUUGAGGUUCAUUUUAGUGACAAUGUUUUAUACAAUCUCCAUACAUGAGAAGUAUCGGUAUUUGUUUUCAACUAAAGUUUGCUUUUAUAUAGUGAGAAAAGGUGUGUUUAUGUUUGCAUGUUGUUAGGUGGUGAAGAGGGAAUUAGAAGAGAGGCCAAAACAUAAACUUGGGUUUUGUUCCUUCCUGUGUUUGAGCCACCAUUUAUCUAGAUAGCCUUUUCCUCUGAGCAGUAACAAUUAACAUAGAGAACAAUGUUUGGCAAAUCUGGGAUUGUGUUUAUAUGUCAUUUUAAUUUUUGGAAGCAUAAAGAAAAAAUACACAUUAAAUGAAUUCUAAAUUUUCACCUAUUUAACUUUCACAUGGUUUUCUAUGUAACCAAGUCAUGGGAAAAAAAGAUUUUAAUGUUUCAAAAAAACUUCGUUAGAAAAAUACUCCAUUGGAAUAUUUUAUAGCAUUAGUAAUUAUCCCUUUUUAGUCUCCUUAUUUGGAGUUAUUUUCUGCUGCACCAUCCCUCAAUAUUUAAGAGUGAAGCUGCUUGUUCUAAUUCUAAUAGUGAUAGAUAAAAUAAUUAUAGUUGUAUGUAUGUACGAGGGGUGAGAGGGAUUUUCUGAGGGUGGCAUAAUUUGCUAAAGAUGAUGCUUAAGAUGUAGUUUCUUUGCUAUCUCUAGUUCUGUGACUCAGACAAAUAAGAUUUUAAGAAAUAUGUAACUUUUAAGUGUCUCAACAUCCACUGGUAAAUGUUGGUAAACGAAAGGAAAUGUUGAAGUCACCUCUUUAUGGAGAUAAAAUAUACACUUGGUUAGGAGAUUAAGAAAAACAUGUACUCUAAAAGUUUCUGUAAAUCAAGGUAUGCCUUUUUCAAAAGAUGGUAUUUCCCUACCUAGUAUUAAAUAACCUUUGUAUGUUUUUCCAAAAUGAAACCGAUUUUCUCUUACUGUGACUUAUAGAAAAGUCUUGUAAAACAAGGGAAGGAAGGGUUCAGUUCUAAGACUAAUGACUAUAAAGCAGAUUUUUGUAAGUAAACAUUCCCCUAAUUUCUGCUUGCUUUCUCAUGACUUGAAUAUUAGUGAAGGUUACUGCUCCUCCCCUUAGUGUUUUGUCAUCUAAAUCAUUUUAAUAAAUAACCCUUUGUUUUUCUAGCAUAGAACCAUCUAAUUUUCUGUGUGGCAUUUCUUGGCAAAUAAGCAGUUACUUUAAUAAUGUAUAUGUUGUCAUGAACAUGGUGAUAUGCACAAUUUUGUAAUGUUGAAUUUUCAGAAGUAUACUUUUAAUAUCUUGGCUCUUAGGUAUCCUCUAUUAUGAACCUAAUUCAAAGUAAUGCAUAGGAUACAGGGAAAGCAGGACUUGGAGUUCCCAAAUAUUGUAAAUAUCUUCAACUUUUCCAAGAAUUAUUUUCAUGUUCUUGGCAUUUUUGUGGGGAAAUACUAGGUUUGAAUGUAGCGCUUUUUUGUUUUUUAUUUUUAUUUUGAGAGGGGGGAGGAGGGAGAAAGACAGGGAGAGACAUCACUGUGUGGUUGCCUAUCCCACAUCCCCUACUGGGGACCUGGCCCCCAACCCAGGCGUUGGCCCUGACUGGGAAUCAAAGUUGGUGACCCUUUGGUUCAUGGGCCAGCAUUCAUUUCACUCCAGCCAAGGCUGAAUGUAGCUUUAUUUUUUUUUUAAACUAGGUUUCCUUAGUAAGGUUCAGGUGAGAAAUAAUUGCUUUUUAUUAACGUUGUUUUUCUUUGCUGGGCUCUAUACAUUCUUGCAUAAUUUAGCCACAACAGGAAGAGCUUUCCAUUUUCCCAAGGGGGGGGUUUUGAAACUGUCAUUUUCACUUUUUUGAAUCAUCGCUCUUUAAAUCUGCCAUGUAUCCUCAGGUGGAGAUACCUUUAUUUUGCUAAGCAAGGUGUAGAAGUCAUAUUAAGGCAGAGAUUGGAGACCCACAGGAUAUCUUCACUGAAACUAAUUUGAACUAUUUCUAUUUGAAGCAACUUAGAUAUUAUAAAUCAAGACUGGUUUAAUGUUAGGUUCUUCAGGAGGCAUGUAAUCACCAGCUAUAUUGUGAGAAUAUGUUUGUGUAUAUGUUUUAUUUUGAUGAAAUUAACUGCAGAGAAGAUACAUGUGAGUAAACAAUCAAUGAUUGACUCUUUGGACCCUACCCAUUAAUUCUAAGUGCUCUACUGAUGGGUAAAGUGGUGAUAUGGUGCAGCUUCAAUAAUGUGCUAUGUAUUUGGUCAGGGGCUUGUAAUGCUGUGUUUGUAAAAAGGGAAGUCCUUUAUUGGAAUUCUCCAAGCCCUUUUAGCAUUCUUACGUGUCGGGUUUUUUAGCGAUCUAUAUUCCUUCACCCUUGGUUAAUUUUGAUGAACUGGCAAUGAAAUUCAUUGAUGCCCAUCUUUGAUAAAGAUGAAGAAUAAUGUCCUCAGUGCACUACACACAUACCAGUAGUGGUUAUUUGGGGGAGAGGCUAUUGUUUAGUUUUGCUGGACUUAAGAACUUAAAAGGUAAAGAAAGGUAACAGCAUUCUUGUGCUUGGUUUGCAUUUGUUACUAACUUUUCACCAAAUUAGUUAUAAUGUAGCUUAUUCUCAGUAUUUACAAAUAGUUUAGUGAGAAUGAAAAUAAAAUUUGCAGCAUCAUUUCCCAAUUUUUGCUGAUAAUAAAACAAGACAGCUAUCCAAGUGAUCCAACAGAAGAGCUAAUAAAGUUCUGUAAGUUUGAGUUAGAAAAAUAUGGGGUCUAUAGUUAUUGAGCAGAGGCUCCUUUUUAUCUCUUAGUUUAUUUCUGUGUACUUUCAGGAGAAGCAAUAGAAUUUCCUUUUCAGCAUAUGUUUUUGUAAUUUACAAUCUUAAUAAGAAAGUGAAAUGAAAGUUGAAUUUAAAACUAUUGAAAAUUGUUUGCCUCUGUGGGGUGUGUCUACAUAAUACUUAAAUUUAGAAAUUAAUCACAUUUGAAGAGAUUAUUUUUUUCUAUGUAUAUGUCCCCCCUGUUUUUAGAGUAAGAAAGCUUUUCACAUAAUACACAUUGGAGUACAUAGUUUUAUUAAAAUGGAGCUGUGUCCUAGAGAUAUACAGUGUUACUAACUCAUUCUCUUAAGGUUAUUCUAAAUUUAAUAGCCAAUAUAAGGUAAUUUUUGUAAGACGUAGGGAAAUUUUUAAAAAUGUAUUAAUGUCAGACUCUGAGGAAAUUUAAUGCACAUUGACUUUUUUUAAAGUAUGGGUUGAACUCCUCAGUUUAAUACAAUUUGUGUUUUUGUUAACUAGCAGCAGAAUUUCAGCAUAUGCUACUUACUGGUAGAGAAGAAAAAUCCCACAGCCCUGCCAGUACAGGUUAGUUUAAUCUGUAAGUACCUGAUGUUCCUAUUUUUUUCAAACAUAUCCAUAUAACCCACACAAGGAAGGAAGGGCAGUUGCUUAAAUGUGAGUAUAACAGCAGUCCCAUUAGACACUUUCAGACACUCAGUACUUGGGCCAAUUAGUUCUAGGUUUGUUAGCCUCCUUUAUUACUUGGUUGUGGUUGACCUUAAAUAGAUCUAUUGUACAUAAAAGAACAAGACAGUGAAAGUUUCUGUUGGCUCUGUGUUCAGUUUGGUAUGUCCUAAAGCAGUGCAGGGCUUUGGGUCCAGAGUCUUUAUUUAAGCUGCUACUUCAGUGGUAUUUAUUUAUCUUUGGAUUUUUUACGGUAUGAAUCAGCCUAAAAAAAGUUAAGUUUUCUCAUCUUUAGCAAUGAUAAGUGGUAUUUUGUUGUUUGUGUUCUUAGUAAUUUGUUGUAAGUACUAAUUUAGUUCACCUUUGAUAAACUAUAACCUAUUCUGUUGGGUUCAUUUUACUUUGAGCCAAGAAUAACAAACCUUACUUUUUAAUAUUCAAAUGAAAGCUGACGACCCAUCCAGAAAUCUAGACAGAUUCUUCAUUUAUUUCUUUUGAGGGGCAGUGGGGAUGUGAUAGAUUGUAAAAGAUGUUAAUUAAUUAUUUAUUAUUAUUUUCAUUGGUUCUACCAGAGUUUGUUAAGUGUCUUAACCCAUCCAUGAGAGAUUUCCUUUAACCUUUAAAUAUUGUACUCUUAUAUUUAUAAAAAUUUAAAAUACUGAGGAGAAGAAUAAAGCAUAACUUAUAGAGGCCUGAAUCAUCCUUUCAGUCUGUAUUAUUGACUAGGAUGCAUGGCUUCCUCCUUUACCACCCAAGUGUAAUGAUGUCUAAUUUGAGUGAGAGACUCUGCCCAUGAAAGUGCUCUUGUUAAACUGGGAUGGUGAUUAGGCACUAAAAACACAUUAUCUUAAUGUUGUUUUAUACAGAAGUCAUGCGUUGAGUUACAUUUUUAAAAAACGUCAACUGAUGAAAAAAUAUAUUUUAUAGGAUAUCCACUUGGUUUUUAAUAAAAAAAUUGCCUAAGGGCUUAAGUUUCAUUGCCUUUCACAGUUUAAUCUGUAUAAGAAAUGGUGUAAAUACAGUGGGAAUGAUUUUCCUUAAAACCAUCUCUUUAAAGCUGCCUUUCUGGUGAGUACUAUUUUAUACUUUUGUAUGUCAGUUUUCUUUUAAAUUUACCUGAAAGGGGGCACUUGCAUCAAAGAGUGAGCAAUUUGAAUUUCUACACUCUUUAGAUAUUACCUGAAUUGGGAACACUAAGAAUAAGGUGAUUGUUUUACCUCCUGACAUUUCCCUAGUAAUCUGUGUUCACUUUUUUCUGACCUUCAUGUAACAGACUAUAAGUAUAAAUAGUGAAAUAGGGGGGAGGGGUUUAAUCAAAACUAUCUAGCAUUUAUCAUUUUAAGCCCAAGAUUUUCUUUUUAGUUGACAUCCAAAAUAUUUUUCUCUAUACUUUUGGCUCCCACAUUGCAUAGGUAUAAAAUUCAAAUACCAGAAUUUCUGUCCUUGCUGAAGCUGUUGUUGCAAUGAUUUGUGAGCAGUUAAGCUGUGGGUAAGGUUGGAGGAGGGCUGGCCUAAAAUAUGGUAAUGUAAGCUAAUUGAUUAUUUUUGAUCAGGCUUGAAAAUAUCCACUGCAUUCUUAAAUAACCUUGCAUGAGAAACUUGAUUUAGAAAUGCUGGUUUCUGGGACUGUGUAUACAACCAGUGAAAAUUGGCCUCUGUGUAUAUUUUUAAUUUAUCUUCCCCUUUAGUCUUUAGCCACAUCCUACCUAACUAAUGUCAGUAUACACUAAGGAUGUUUUCACAUUGUAUCUCCUGCUGAUCUUUGUAAGCCAACAAUGAACAGUCAACUCCAGUGCUUUUUAGUAUGAACGAUGAUAGUUUCUACAAUCUGAAAAUUGAUAUCUGUGUGGUGAUGGAAGUACUGAACUGCGUAUGGACACUUAAUUUAUAUCUUUAAGAUUAAAAGUGGAGUAAAUGUCUAAGGAACUCUGUCCUUUUCUAGCAAGAAUAAACAGACAUUGAAAAUUUGGUAAGUAUAUUUUAAAUGCAUGUGGUAGUGAUGAGAGUAAAUAGCCAAAUUUUCAUAAUUUAAGAUAAUAUGUAGGCAUGAACAAGAAUUCUUGAAUCUCCUUUAUGACCUAAUGUCUGUGUGUCUAGCUAGCAGUUUUAUAAACUUGUGUGCACAAUGAUUAAAUUGAAAUGUACCUUACUCCUUUGUCUGGCUUGUUUUCUUUUUCAUUUGUGUAGUACUUUAAAUACUAAUUUUAUAUUUCAAGCUUUUUUCAGAGUAAAAAUAAGUGACUGGUAAAGAAAACAUCUCCCAGAAGAAUUAUUUACAUAUCCCUAUGUAAAAACCCAAUGAUGACUUUUCAUUUACUUAAACCUUCUAUUUUCCAGCUCUAGUUAAAAGUGACAGUAGGCAGCUGAUCACAGAAAUGGUGCAGAGGGCGAAUCUUUGUGCCCUUUUUGGCAUGUUUAUAGGGAUCAUUGUAUUACAGUAAAAUGUUAAUCCAUUUCUUGAUUUUCAUGGAAACAGCUUUUUAAGAGGGGGAAAGCUGGUCAGAUUUGGAAUUUUCCUUCUCCUUGGUACAUUGUGAUUAGUAAGAGGAUAAUAUAUGGAAGUUAAAGUGAAAAUAUUUCAUCACUCUACCGGGGAAAGAGACAUUUCUUAGUAUGUCCAUUUCUUUCCAAAAUAGCAUAUGGCAUUAUUUUGUGAAGUGGUACAAGAUCCCAAAGGGUUUUGUGAUCACAAAGGAAAGAGGAGGCCCUUACCUCAGUUUAAUCCUCAGGCUUUGCUCCAGCAUUGUACUGGCAAGGAAGGAAAGAAGAACAAAGCAUACAUGGGAUGUGAUGGUAAGGACUGAAGAGAAAAAACAGAGAGAGGGUAGACCAUGUGUAUAUGAUUAAGUAGUCUAACAAAACAAAGUGAAUAGGGAUGUAAUUUUUAAUGUAAGUAAAUGAACUCAAUAAUUAAGGUGGUAAUUAAUUAGCCUAAAAUUUAACAUUAGCCCUGGCCAGAUAGCUCAGUUUGUUGGAGCGGCAUCCUGAUACACCGAGUUUUUUGUGGGUUCUAUCCCCCGUCGGGGCACAUACAAGAAUUAACCUAUAAAUAAAUGGUGUAAGUGGAACAACAAAUCUGUUACUCUUUCCCUGCCUCCCCCUUUCUCUAAAAUCAAUGAAUAAAAAUGUUUUAAUUAACAUUAAAACUCUGGUAAUUUAAUCAUUGCCUUUUGUGGGGGUGUAAAUUUUUUCCAUAAGUAAUAUUUAGUGCAUUUUGACAUUCUGGUGUAUCACCUGGAAGCUAGUGCAAAAAAAAAAAAAAAGAA